GGCCAUUUGAAAAUUGUUCAGUUGGUUUUUAGCUGCAGUUAAAACUGCACACUCGGUCGGUAUUUAAAUCACCUAAUUCGUUGCAGAAAGUUCAACUUUUGAACAAAGGAUUUUUUUCAAGAAAACCAAAGGAUACAGUGAAUAUUUGGAAUUAAUAUAGAAAACGGUGGCUACCAAUUCGACAGUGGAAUUAAUCAAUUAAUUUAAAAUUGGAGCAAUACAUCAUACCAAACAACCAUGUAUUUGCCCUAUUCUCAGCUACCGGAUCCGAUCGAUAAAUUCGAGAUCUAUGAAGAGAUUGCCGAAGGUGUUAGUGGCAAAGUGUUUAGGGCCAAGGAGUUGGAGUUUGAUCGCAUGGUGGCCUUGAAGAUACAACAUUACGAUGAAGACCAUCAGAUAGCCAUAGAAGAGGAAUAUCGCACCUUGAGGGACUAUUGCAAUAGUCCAAAUCUGCCUGAAUUUUAUGGUGCCUACAAAUUGGAGAAGAAUGAUGGGCCCGAUGAGAUCUGGUUUGCUUUGGAGUACUGUGGCGGUGGUACAGCUGCGGAGUUAUCUAGAAAAUUAAUCAAACUAGAUCGCCGUAUGCGUGAAGAGCAUAUUGCCUAUAUUAUCAGAGAGACCUGUCGUGCGGCCGUGGAGCUUAAUCGUAACCACAUUUUACAUCGCGACAUCAGGGGUGACAACAUUAUGCUCACCAAGAGUGGCCAUGUCAAAUUAUGUGAUUUUGGUCUGUCGCGUCAAGUAGAGUCGACCUUGGGCAAGCGAGGCACCUGCAUAGGUUCACCUUGCUGGAUGGCUCCCGAAACGGUUAUGGCUCAGGAUGCAAGAGAACCUGAAAUCACCACCCGUGCUGAUGUUUGGGCCUUGGGUAUAACCACUAUUGAAUUGGCCGAUGGUAAACCUCCAUUUGCAGAUAUGCAUCCCUCCCGUGCCUUAUUUCAAAUUGUUAGAAAUCCUCCUCCAACUCUGUUUAAGCCCAGCAAUUGGUCUCAACAAUUAAUCGAUUUCAUAUCGGAAUGCUUGGAAAAGAAUCAGGAGAAUAGACCCAUGAUGGUGGAAAUGGUGGAGCAUCCCUUCCUAAAUGAACUAUUCGACAAUGAUGAUGAGAUGCGUAACGACAUUGUCGAACUCAUUGGCUUAAGCCGUGAAGCCGAAGGUGUGUAUCGGGAACCAGAAAUUCUGGUAGACCGUGGCUUUAUUAAGCGUUUCGAGGGCAAACCCGAACGCAUGUAUCAAGAAGAUUUGGCUGGUAUUGAAAAUCCAGCAGAUGAUGUUGUUCUAGAAUGCCUACGCAGUCGCAUGGAAAUGGGUCAGUCCUAUUCAUUUAUAGGUGACAUUCUACUCUCCUUGAACUCCAAUGAAUUGCAGAAUGAGUUUCCUCCGGAAUUUCAUGAGAAAUAUAAUUGCAAAUCCAGAUCGGAAAAUCUGCCGCAUAUUUUUGCUGUUGCCGACACAGCCUACCAGGAUAUGUUGCAUCACAAGGAACCUCAACACAUUGUGUUCUCGGGUGAAAGCUUUUCGGGAAAAUCAACCAAUGUCAAGCUUAUAAUACAGCAUCUAUGCUAUUUGGGAGCGGGUAAUCGUGGCGCUACUCAACGUGUGGAAAAUGCCAAUAAAGCCAUUAUGGCUUUGGUUAAUGCAGGCACCCCCAUCAACAAUGAUUCCACUAGAUGUGUGUUGCAAUACUUCUUGACUUUUGGCAAGACAGGCAAAAUGUCUGGAGCUGUUUACAAUAUGUAUAUGCUGGAGAAGCUGCGUGUUACCACCUCAGACAUGACCCAACAUAAUUUCCAUAUUUUCUACUAUUUCUUUGAUUUUCUUAACGCCGAAGGUCAACUCAAGGACUACAAUCUCAAGUCAGAACGUGGCUAUCGUUAUUUGCGUAUACCCGCCGAUAUACCACCCACAAAAUUGAAAUACCAUCGUGAUGAUGCCAAGGGUAACGUAGAGCGUUUUAGAGAAUUUGAGACCAUAUUGGAAGAUCUCGACUUCAAUCGCAAACAAUUGGAAACGGUACGCAAGAUAUUGGCAGCCAUUCUCAACAUUGGCAAUAUUCGUUUUAAGCAAUCGGGCAAAUAUGCCGAAGUGGAUAAUACGGAAAUGGUAACCCGUAUUGCAGAGCUAUUGCGUGUGGAUGAGAAAAAAUUCAUGUGGUCCUUGACGAAUUUCAUUAUGGUCAAGGGCGGUGUGGCCGAAAGGCGUCAAUAUAACACAGAUGAGGCCCGUAAUGCCCGCGAUGCUGUAGCCUCGACCAUAUAUUGCAGAUUGGUGGACUGGAUUAUCAAUAAGAUUAAUAUGAAUAUGGCAUUUCCUCGUGCUGUUUUCGGUGAUAACAACUGUAUUGUUAUCCAUGACAUGUAUGGCUUUGAAUGCUUCAGUCAUAAUGGCUUGGAACAAUUGAUGAUCAAUACAUUUAAUGAACAAAUGCAAUAUCACUACAAUCAGCGUACAUUUGUCAAUGAGAUGCUGGAAAUGGAAGCUGACGAUAUAGGAACGAAAAACUUCAAUUUUUAUGACAACAAAACUGCUUUGGAUAAUUUACUGACUAAGCCAGAUGGUCUCUUCUUUAUCAUCGAUGAAGCCUCACGCAUGAGUCAAGAUCAAGAUUUAAUAAUGGAUCGCGUUGGUGAGAAAUACAGCCAAUUUGUUAAGAAACACACAGCCACUGAAAUUGCAGUGGCCCAUUAUACUGGACGCAUUGUCUAUGACACAAGAGCUUUCACUGAUAUCAAUAGGGAUUUUGUACCUCCCGAAAUGAUUGAAACUUUCCGUUCAUCUAUGGAUGAGAACGUAAUGAUCAUGUUCACUAAUCAAUUGACCAAAGCUGGUAAUCUAACAAUGAAUUUCGAGAGUGUACAGCAUAAGGAUGAUGAUUCACAAAGGAGAGCUUAUACUCUCAAUACCCUAUCCAUGGGUGUUAUUUCCCAAGUUAAUAAUCUUCGUACACUGGCUGCCAAUUUCCGUUACACCUGUUUGACCUUGCUCAAAAUUCUUAGCCAAAACACCAACAUUGGUGUGCAUUUUGUGCGGUGCAUUCGUGCUGAUUUAGAAUACAAGCCGCGUGCCUUCCACACCGAUUUGGUGCAGCAACAAAUGCGGGCUCUCGGAGUAUUAGACACAAUUAUAUGCCGGCAACAGGGCUACUCAUGCCGUUUAACCUAUGAAGAGUUUCUUAAGCGUUACAAAUUUUUGGCUUUUGAUUUCGAUGAAACCGUGGAUAUAACCUAUGAAAAUAGUCGUUUACUGUUGAUCCGUCUGAAAAUGGAAGGUUGGGAUAUUGGAAAAUCAAAAGUUUUCCUGCGCUACUACAAUGAUGAAUUUUUAGCAAGAUUAUACGAGACGCAAGUAAAGAAGAUCAUUAAAGUGCAAUCCAUGAUACGUGCCCUAUUGGCCCGCAAAAGGGUUAAAACUGGAGGAAAGCCAGCAGCAGGCAAGGUGGCAGGCAAAAAUGAUGUGGCCGCAGCAAAAAUACAAAAAGCUUACCGUGGCUAUCGAGAAGGAAAGCAGCGAUAUUCUCCAUUGGUUGAUAAAACUGGGCACGUUAAUCAAGAAACGGCGGAAUUCAUUCGUCACUAUGCUCGUAAAUGGCGUCAGAAAUCUCUGUUUCAAGUUUUGUUGCACUAUCGAGCGGCCAGAUUUCAGGAUUUUGUUAAUCUAUGCCAACAAGCUCACAUAUAUAAUCAACGAAUGGUUGCCGGACUUAAUAAAUGCACUCGCGCUGUACCAUUUGAUCGCAUCAAUACCAAAGAAGUCAAUUCAGCCCAACUUGGACCCAUGAAGGUGGCAGUUCGUAAAUUACCCUUGCGUUUGGACCAUAUACCCUUUUAUGAUACACAAUACAUGGUGGAUCCUGCCAAUUCUUUAGCACGACAAGCAUUUCCCUCAAGCUCUCCGAUAAUGUCUAACAUGAUGUAUGACGAGGAGCCAUGGGAUAGUCCAUUGCAAAGAAAUCCUUCAAUGACCUCACAAUUGUUGACCUACAAUGCCUACAAAAAGGAACAAGCAUGUCAGACCAAUUGGGAUCGUAUGGGCGAAAGCGAUGUGAUUUACAAUCAAAAUUUCUAUCGCGAUCCACAAAUGAUGAGAAGAAACCAAGUGCAAAUGCGCAUGAACAACUAUCACCCGAAUUACAAUCAAAACUAUAAUCAAAACUACAAUUCCUAUUACAAUGCAAAUUAUAACUCACAACAACCCCAGCGCUGGGGCUCCAGACGCAACAGUCUUAAAGGUUAUCCUGCACCUCCGCCACCACCCAUGCCUCCGACGAAUUUCUAUCGCAAUGAUAAUCCGCAAUCAACUAGCCCAAAUAGAAACCAAAAUAUGCGCAAUUCAUAUCCACCUGCAUCGCAAAAUCCUGUGCAGGAGCUACAAAAUAUGAUGGGCAAUCGAGACUAUGAGAACUCUGAGGAACCACCUUACAACUUUAAGGCAAUGCUUCGCAAAACAAACUACCAACGACCAGAUUCGAAUACCAUGACUUAUGAAUUCAAUUCCAGUAAUCAGCAACAAAACACCUUCCAAACUCCUAAAUUACGUCCCACUGGCCGAAAUGUAGAGCAAUCAACCAGCUAUGGAGCACGCAGUCAACAACAAACUCAAUCAUCAUAUGCCGAGUCCAGCAGUAACUAUGCGGCGCAAGAUGAUUCAGAGGUGACAUUUACCGGCGAUGCCUUUGACAUAUAAAGAAAAAAUGA